AUGACCGGUCUUCACAAUGACAAUGGCUUGGAACUCAAAGAAAGCACGAGCAGAUCUUCGAGCAUCGAGAAAAUUCUCGCGGCACACCGGAAGCCCUUCGACCAACUCCCUCCUUCCCGUGAAGUAUGGAACGGACAGGCAGGCUCGUACGAGGAAGGUCUCGGACGACUGAUUAUCCUCACGCCAGAGAUUGUGCAAGAGGCCGCAGCAUCCUGCAUUAAACUGGGGCGACGAGUCUCUCUAAGCUGGGAUAUGACGAAGCUUGAGAUCGCCAACUUCAACCGCCAACCAGCUCAACACUAUAUCAUGCCCCUGCUAGAAGGUGUUGCCUUCGACGACGUAUACAUCUUCAACCCUCAGCAAUCGAGUCAAUGGGAUGGGCUUCGCCAUUUUGGAGCAGCGGACCCCACGCCGGAAAACCCAUCACGACGAAUCUUCUAUGGCGGGGUGGAGCCAAGUGAGAUCUUGAACCGGUCAAGCACACGGAUUGGCAUACAACAUUGGGCCCGGGAGGGUAUCUGUGGCCGGGGAGUGCUUCUUGACUACGCACGCUACGCGGCCAAACAUGGCAUUGAGUACUCAUCGUUCUCUGAUCAUGCCAUCCCGCUCUCUGUGUUGAUCAAGGUGGCACAGGAACAGAAGGUGACUUUCAAAUUUGGAGAUAUAUUGUUCAUCCGAAUCGGGCUGGUGAAAGAAUGGGAGACAGAAAUGACACCGUCCGAGAAAACCGCGUAUGCAACAACCACGUCCCCUUGCCAUGCCGGCGUUGAAGGGACAACGGAAACUCUGCGGUGGAUUUGGGAUACCGGCUUUGCCGCCGUGGCGAGUGAUGCACUAUCAUUCGAGGCAUAUCCACCCAGAAAUAGUUAUCCCAGAGAAGAGGGCAUCCCCGCUGCCGUGGGCGAGUUCAUGCACCCGGUGCUAUUGGCCAAAUGGGGCAUGCCUAUUGGUGAGCUUUUUGACCUCGAGGGGCUGAGUGUCGUUUGUGAGGAGGCUGGUCGGUGGGAAUUCUUUAUCGCCAGUACUCCGCUUAACAUGCCCGGUGGAGUCAGUAGCCCACCGAACUGUUUGGCAAUCUUGUAA